AUGGCGUUGCAGGUUUUGCAAGAGAAAUUAAAAAACCUUUGGAUUGGAUGGGAAAUUCGAAUGCUGGUUUUACUUAGCCUUUCAUUGCAGAUCAUCCUCAUCUUAUUUGGAUCUCGAAGAAAAUACAUAGCAAAAAGUUGGAUAAAAAUUCCUGUGUGGUUAGCAUACUUAGCAGCAGAUUCGGUGGCAACUGUUGCCUUGGGCAACCUUGCCACCAGCCAAGGAGAUUAUGGAGUUAAUUCUCAAAAACUAAGCCACCAACUUCAGGUUUUUUGGGCUCCAUUCCUUCUCUUACACCUUGGUGGCCCAGAUACUAUAACCGCUUACUCAUUAGAAGACAAUGAGCUGUGGUUAAGACACUUUCUUGGACUUGUGGUUCAAGUUGGAGUGGCAUUCAAUGUCUUUAUACAGUCCUGGAGCAACAAUACCCUCACAUUUUUAGCCAUUCCAGUGUUUAUUGCUGGAGUCACUAAAUAUGGAGAGAGAACUUGGGUACUUUGGUCUUCAAGUACUGCGAGUUUCAAAGAUUCAUUGCUCUUAACUCUGGAUCCCAGUCCAAGUUUAGUUAAAAUCAACAUGAAAGGAGAUAUCGAAGAUCAACAAGAAUGUAGGGGCUCUCAUGACCUCCUUGAAGCUCAUUUUUUGUUCAAGAGAUUUUCAUUUCUAUUUGCAGGCCUAGUUCUCUCCAACAAUGAAGUGAUGAAAAGCCGUAAGAUCUUUGAUAAAAAAUCAGCAGAAGAAGCUUUCAAUCUGGUUUCAAUUGAGCUGGGGUUCAUGUACGAUUUGUUAUACACCAAGGCCAUUGUUGUUUAUUCUCGAUUAGGAAUCUUCCUCCGUUGCAUUACAUUCCUUUCCUCAAUUUCUGCAUUAGUUCUCUUCUCAAUCUUUAUUAAUUUCCAUGGAUAUCCAUUGACUGACAUCUGCAUAAGUUACUUCCUCCUACUCGGAGCUGUUGUUCUAGAGGUUUACUCAUUCAUUCAGCAUUUUUCCUCUGAUUGGACGAAAUUAAUCUUUUUGAUUAAGUCCAAAAAUGCUUAUCAGCAAAAUAUCUGUGGUACCUCAACAUGUCAUGCUCAAUCUAAUCACAAGAGAUGGUCAAAGUCCAUGGGACAGUUCAACCUGAUAAGUUUUUGCCUUAAGGAAGACAUUUCUAUCACAUCCAUUUAUAUUAAUGGAGUUCUGAAGUUGCUCGGUGUCCGUAAAUUCUUCGAGAAGUACCUGCACUUGACUUCCAAAGAUGUGAAUCUUCAAUUGCAAGAAAUUGUCAACAGUCAAAUCCUAAAUCUACCCGUUGAUUUGGGGAAGACCAUAUUGGAUCGACGAGGUGAUUAUGUUCUUAAAGAAAAAUACCUUUUUGAUCUUUCUGAUAAUGAGUGGUUUAUAGUUGAUAGAGAAUUUGACGAGAGCCUUCUAACUUGGCACAUUGCUAUCGAUAUCUGUUACCACCAAGAUUUAGAUAAACAUGGAGAUAAUUUUGAUCACCUAAAAUGCAAACUCAGCACAUGCAUAUCCAAUUACAUGCUGUAUCUCUUAAUAUUUUGUCCAUCAUUGAUGCCUAAAGGGAAUGGUGAGCUAAGAUUUAGAGAUACAUGUGAUGAGGUCACGCAAUUCUUCGAGUCAGAAAGGGGUGUGAUUGGCAAUAAAAAAAUUGAAGCUUGCAAAAUGUUGUUUCAGAGAAAGAAAGAAAUAAUGCGAGAAGAUUUUUCAGUAGUGGAUUCAGGGUGUUAUCUUGCCAAUGAUCUGCAAUCUCUAGAAUUGAAGGAAAAUUGGAGCUGUGAAAAAAAGUGGGAGAUGAUAAGUGAAGUGUGUGUUGAAAUGCUAACUUAUGCAGCAAAUCAUUGUGAAUGGAAAGAGCAUGGACAACAACUUGCAAAAGCUGGAGAGCUGCUCACUCAUGUUUCUCUUCUCAUGGCACAUUAUGGCUUUAGUGCACAAUAUGACCCAAGAGCAUGGAAUAUUUCAUAG